AUGGAUUUAAGUAAACUCCCAAAUGACAAAAAGCUUGAGCUUUGUGGGAACUAUUUCAAAGUUGGAUGUGUAUUUUUGCCAUUUGUGUGGGCUGUUAAUGCAGUGUGGUUCUAUAAUGAUGCCUUCAAAAAACCAGCAUUUGAAGAACAAAAGGAGAUAAAAAAAUAUGUGGUAUUUAGUGCAAUUGGAGCAAUAAUAUGGAUUAUAGUGCUCUCUGUUUGGGUGGCAGUAUUUCAACUGAAUAGAGUGGCGUGGGGGUCUGUUGGAGAUAGUCUUUCAUUUAUUUUACCUUUGGGAAGGGCUUAA